AUGCGCAAGCCUAUUUAUGCCAUGCUGGCAGCUUCUGUUAUAGUCAGUUAUGCCAUGCCGGCAUUGAGUAGAAGUGUAAUGUAUGAUCACUUAAAGUGCAAACCAUUUCCAAAGGGAUACACCCUUUGGGUACAUCACGGAGAGUCCAUAGGAGAAACUAGUACUAUCUCACCUAUUAGUAUUUCUAAUAUAGUUCAAGACACAGUUGUCGUUGAUGAUCAAAUGCAGAACAUGAUUAACGAUGCUUUUGGAGUCGAAGUUCAUGCAAAUGAAGUACCCAUUGAAUCAAAUGCAGAGAAGGAGAAAAAUGCAAGUCAACAAAGGUAUGAAGAGGCCAAAGAGUACUAUGAACUAAGUAGAGAAGGAGAAAAACCUUUGUAUGAAGGGUGUGUUAAAUAUUCAAGACUAUCUUUUUUGGUAAAGUUGUAUCACAUCAAAUGUUUAUGUGGAAUGACUAAUAAAGCCAUGACAAUGGUUUUAGAGUUAUUAAAAGAUGCAUUUGAAUUUGCAAAUAUACCAAAUUCAUUCUAUGAAGCCAAGAAAACAAUCACCAAGCUUGGUUUAAAUUAUGAAAAAAUCCCUGUUUGUCCGAAUAAUUGUAUGCUUUAUUGGGGUAAUAAAGAAGAUGAAGAAAAGGAGACCUGCAAAAUUUGUAACACUUCGAAAUGGAAAUCAAAAGCAAAAGUUGGUGCAGUUGGAGUGUCUGGUGAUGGCAAUAAUCGAAAGAAAGUUCCUGCAAAAGUUCUUCGCUAUUUUCCAUUAAAACCACGGUUACAAAGAUUAUUUUUGUCGUCAAAGUCGGCCGAGGAUAUGAGAUGGCAUGCAAAUGAUAGUAAGAAUGAUGGAAUGUUGAGGCAUCCUAGAGAUUCUGAAGCAUGGAAACAUUUUGACUUGACACACCCUUGGUUUGCAUCAGACCCGCGAAAUGUGCGUCUUGCAUUAGCUAGUGAUGGUUUUAAUCCUUUUGGUAUGAUGAGUACAAAUUAUAGUAUUUGGCCAGUUAUUCUCAUUCCAUACAACACUCCUCCAUGGGUGUGCAUGAAACAUACAUCUUUUAUAAUGUCAAUGAUAAUUCCCGGUAAAAAAAUGCCAGGAAAUGAUAUUGAUGUCUAUUUACAACCUCUAGUAAAAGAAUUAAAGGAGUUAUGGACAACAGGUGUCGAUACAUACGAUUCUUUUAAAAAAGAGAUGUUCACAUUACAUGCAACUUUGAUGUGGACAAUUAAUGAUUUUCUGGGGCUGGGUACACUUUCUAGAUGGAACACUUACACUGGACUUGCUUGCCCAUCGUGUAACAUUGACUAUACUCCUCGUCGUCUUCCUCAUAGCAAAAAAUGGUGUUUUAUGGGUCAUCGUCGUUUUCUUGAUCAGAGACAUAGAUUUAGAUUGAACAAGGUUCGCUUUGAUGGUCAACAAGAUAUGCGUGGUCCAGCGAAAAUGUUAUUUGGGCUUCAAAUUCUUGAACAGGUUCAAAAUAUUGAUGUCACAUUUGGUAGAAAGCCAGAUAAAGAAAGGCCAGGAAAAAGAAUAUGUGGUGGACGACCUACACAAGGUGUCAAUCAACAAUGGAAAAAGAAAAGCAUAUUCUUUGAACUUCCAUAUUGGAAGGAUAAUCUUCUGCGCCACAAUCUUGACAUGAUGCAUAUUGAGAAAAAUGUGUGCGAUAAUAUCAUAUUUACUUUGCUAAAUGAUAGCACAAAAAGUAAAGAUCAUCUUAAUGCAAGAAAAGACCUUAAAGCUAUGGGCAUAAGACCUGACCUUUGGCCCAAUGAAAAUGGAAGAAUUUCUCCAGCAGUCUUUACUCUGACUACUAAUGAUAAGAAGAGAUUUUUAACAACUUUAAAGAAUAUCACUGUGCCUGAUGGUUAUUCAAGCAACAUUUCUAGAUGCAUUGACAUGGAAAAUCUUAAGUUGAAUGGAAUGUUGAAGAGUCAUGAUUGUCACAUAUUGAUGGAACAACUUCUACCGUUAGCCAUUCGAGCAACAUUACCUGAUGAUGUUUCAGCUAUAAUGAUUGAGUUUUGCUCACUUUUUAGACAAUUAUGCAGUAAAGUAUUGAAUGUUGAUGAUUUGGAAAAAUUGCAAAAUCAGGUUGUCCUCACUUUAUGCCACAUGGAAAUGAUAUUUCCUCCCUCAUUCUUCACUGUUAUGGUUCACUUGGUUGUUCACCUUGUUGAAGAAGUUAAACUUGGAGGUCCUGUUCAUUAUCGAUGGAUGUAUCCUGUUGAAAGGUACUUAGGAAUACUUAAAUCGUAUGUACGUAAUAAAGCACGACCAGAAGGGUCUAUUGCAGAAGGAUACCUUGUACAAGAGAUUCUUACAUUUUGUUCAAGGUAUAUAGAAAACAUUGAGACUAGAUGGAAUCAACUUGGUCGUGUAGAUGAUGAGCCUAUUAAUGAGAUACAAACUGACUCACGUGUAGCUGAAUUAUUUCCUAGAGUUGGAAAAUCGGUUGGUGGUUCUUCAUACUACACCCUUACACCAAUUGAAAAGUUACAGGCUCAUAGACACGCAAUACAAAAGUAUUAUUCGAAGCCAAUGAGGAGUGGUGCAAGGAGUACUUCUGAGGUAGACAAGAAGGUUCAUAGAGAGUUUCCUCAUUGGUUCUGCAAUCGUAUUUGCAACAAUCUCGACAACAUUAGUGGAUCAGAUAAAAAUAUUCUCAUUAGUCUUGCUCAAGGUCCUUCUGAUAAAGUUAGAAGGUUUACUGCAUUUAAUGUCAAUGGAUUCAAAUUUCGAACAUUGGCACGAGAUAAUUUAUUAAAAACUCCAAAUAGUGGAGUUUUUGGCAUGUUCGGAACACGAAGUUACUCAAGCAAUAGUGAUGCCCAAAUGAGAUUUGGAGGAGUGCCUUACUAUGGAAGAUUGAUAGAUAUCAUUGAGCUUUCCUAUGAUGGCUUCAAAGUGCCCAUGUUUCAAUGCAAAUGGGCGAAUACCACAAAUCUAAGAGGCAUUAAGACAGAUAAGUUGGGUUUUACCUCUAUAAAUUUUACAAGACUAAUACAUACUGGGGAGCAUGAAGAUGAUGAGCCAUACAUUAAAGCGUCAGAAGCUCAAAUGGUUUAUUAUGUGGAUGAUGAAAAGGAACAAGGAUGGAGCAUACCUAUUCAUUUAAAGCCACGGGACUUGUAUGACAUGGGUGGAGAUGAUGAAAUUAUGGCACCCAUUGAACCAUACCCAUCUCAAAAUUUGGAACACACUUUUUCUAAUGAAACCACACAUAUACAAUUGGCAAGAAUGACUACAGAUGAUGAUCCUGAAACUUCAACUUUUAAUGAUGAUUUUGAUGACAACAAUCAUGAUAUGAAUUUAUGA